AUCGCCAUGGAUUAUUUCUCAGGCGAACGCGACUUGUUUGGAAAGCUUAGGAUCAUCGUUUCAUCUUUCUUCGGUUUCCUUCUCUGCGCAUCCACUUUUUGGUCUCCCAUGCAAACGCACAAACGCCGUCCAGUUCCCGAAUCAGUACGAUUUUCGAUUUCUGGACUCAAAGCCCUAAUUUCUUCGGAAGAAGGGGAAGAAGGAGAAGAAAAGGCACAACGACUUAUUCGCAGUGCUGGAGUUGGCAUUAUCAGGUCAAAACUGUUGACUCAUUCUUCUUCUUCUUCUUCGAUCAGAUCUUGUUUGUUAAUGGACGAUUUGAUAGGCACUGAGAGCGGUGUUUGCUUGACCAAUUCGAUUGCAGAAGAAAUCGAUGAGAAAUCCUCCGAUUAUCGUUAUCAUCGCGUUGAUCACCGCGAUCUUGAUAAGCAAAAUCAGCGAUGUGCGGCGGAAAAGCAGUUUCCACCGCCGAUUUCUUUCCUAGCAGCACAGGCAGGGCCUCGAACGCGGCCGCCGUGGGUUUUAACCAGACAUUGCUCCGAUGGAAGAUUAACUUUGACGCUGGAGAGAGUGAGGCACCUCCAGUACAUGGAAUCGCACCGGGAAAAUGGGCGACUCAUCCUGAAAUUCGUUCCGGCGCCGUUACCCGACGAUUCUGAGGACGACGAUCGAGAUCUCCAAUUCGUCGAAGAAGACGGAGGAAGAGAGAAGCGAACGGAGGACGCGGAGGACAUCGAAUCAAUAGAAUGCGAAGAAGGCGAAGCAAUCGAGGAGGCGUCAGAUCCGGCUUUCAAGAGUUUUACGUACGGUGGCGAGGGCAUCGGCGGUGGAAUGUUUCGUGAUCGGCAACCGUUUUGCAGUGUGGAUCGACAUGUCGUCAAUGGACACUUCGGUUCAGCGCCUCUUCGUCCGAUGGGUACAGUUACGUGACUUUUUCAAAAAGGUAAAAAAAAAAAAAAAGAAGAAAAAGAAAAGAAAAAGAAAAAGGAAGUGAUAAGGAGGCCGCACUUUAAAACAUUUGAAAGAAUAUCAAAUUAUCCACACACCAAGGGGAGCAAGAUGCCAGAAAGGGUCAAAGAUUGAAUGAUAUGGUUUCAUUUGCU